AUGGAGCCCUCUACGGCGCAGACGAGGCGGCUCAACUACUGGACGAGCGAGAAAGAGGCCCAGCUCAUUCACCUGUACAGGGACAAUAGCCUGCUCUGGGACAGCCGGCAUACGGACUACUACAAGAGGGACAGGAGAGAUCAAGCCAUGGCGGCCAUCGCGGACGCCAUGGACAACGAGUUUGACGUGGUUGCCGUAAAGGACAAGAUCAAGACUCUCCGAGACUACUUCGUCAAGGAGUUGAAGAAGGUUGCCACGUCCAGAAAGACAAAAACUCUAGGCUACGUGUCACGUUGGGAACAUUUUGGCUCCUGGGAUUUCCUGAGGGCCGCCAUCACUCGGGACUCCAGUCUGCUGUCAGCGAACAGUGCAGCCUACCCGGCAAGUAAAGUUGAAUUGGUCUCGCUUUUUUAA